AUGGAGAAACUCCCCGUAGAGAUCCUCUGCGAGAUUAUUGACUCAUUAGCUGACGCACCCUUAGAUCUCACCCCACACGAGCGGGUACAACUUCAGUCCGUCUCGAGGCGGCUAUUCUCCGUGGCCCGGGAUAACAAUCUCUGGAGACUCCACUGCUUCGAAGAGUCAUGGAGCGCUUCCGGAGCCUUGCGUUCCGCUGCCAACAAGACUUCCGAGAGCCUAGUCACUAACUCCACCGCUUCCCUCAGCUCAUUAGGCCAGACUUCGCUUCGAUCGCUCAUACAACCAGGCGCGUCUGGGCUCCGAGACGGUAAAACAAGCGGCUUGGAUCAAACACCGUCCUAUGGGCAGAGAUCCAGAGCAGCGGCGUCGUGGGACCCGUCUUACGAAGGGGAAGAGGUGAACUGGUACUCGGAGUACAUUGCUCGAAAUGGCCCGAUCUCGCUUAGCUGGAUGCAGCAACCCUUCACCAGGGCAUCACAGGGUGGGAGAAGGGAAUACCGUGAGGUCAAAGGAAUGGGACUGCUUCGAGACUGGAGUACUGCUCGACAGAACAAAGUUGUUGCGCCCCUUGAUGACGGCAGUGUCUGCAUUUGGGAUCUUAAUCACUCGCACUCUAUUGGAUCCCAGAGCACCAAGGGUAAGAUUCUUGGGGUCAGCUCGCCGGGGAUCUUGAUGGCAAACCGGUUUGGAAGACGAGAUAACUCGGGAGCAAAGCAAGCCUUGGAAUUCGUGAAUCUCGGAGAAUGUGUCAGCGUAGACUCUAUGCGUCGGAGGGCCUACCUGGCUGUCGGGAAUAUUCUAAACGAGGUAGAUCUCGAAAGUCUCACUGUUAUUUCCCAACAACGCUUUCCUUGGUCCGUUUUUGCCUUGUCCCAGGAGACAGAUUAUUCUGUACCGUUGACAGCGGCUACCACUCUGAGUCUUCACAUCUACGAUGGCAGAAUGUCGGCGACGGAGGAGCAAGAGGCGAUCACUCUACGCUGUGAGGAGCCGACCGUUUCGCUAGUCCCCAAAUCCAAGAUCUAUUCUCCUCCAGAUUCACCCCUUUUGCAACUACAACCAAACGGACGACCCCCGCACCGGAUACGAAGCCCUGAUCUCUCAAAGAACAGUGACAACUAUGCACCCUUAUUCCAACCAGGACCUCUCUCGCUUCUACACCCUCCCGCGCCGCACGUGAAUUCGAUCUUCCUCGCCGGCCGUUUUCCAAGCAUCUUACAGUAUGACCGCCGCUUUUUCCCACGGCUUCAAAACACAAUUCAUUCCGGUGGCCAACUCUGCGGUCUUGCUGCUGUUCCUGCGCCGCGAUUCCCUGUCUCUCCCAACUCUGAGUUCCCCGCCUCCCACAAGUUGGUAGCGUGCGGUGACUACAAAGGGCGGGGCUCUCUUGAACUUUACAACCUCACGCCCUCCAACACUAACGCCAAGAGCGAUCCAUCGGGCUGCUCGUCCAACCUGUCUACAGUGUACCAAAAUCGGCAGAGUGUCGCUAGAUCCAAGGUGCUCUCGGUCGAAUCACACGGAACCCGAAUUGUCUACUCCGAUGCAGACGGCAAUAUCAAAUGGGUUGAGCGUGAUGGACGUUCCGAAGUUCGCCGCCUGAACAUUAAUUCAUACCAACCGCAGCGAAGAUACUACCCACAGCGCAAUGGGGAGACGUCCACUCAUUCGGGAAGCAACGCUAAUGCUAAUGGUGAAGAGGAAGACCAGACAUUCGGAUUAUGGGGUAGCCUAUCGCGGUCUCGCAGCGAGGGCGAAGUCGCACGAAAGGUUCUCCCGACCGGCGGCAGCCUGACAGGCGAUGAACUACUUGUCUGGACAGGAGAACACAUUGGACGCGUCCAUUUCUCCAAUCUCCCGGACAUGGGUCCAGAUUCGGAUGAAGAAGAUGACGCUAUAUCUGUUGAUGGGCAUGUUGGAGAAGCGGAGCGUGAAGAGCGACGGAACAAACGGCGAGAGCUACGCCGGCGGGAAGAAGAAUAUGCCACUAUGAUGCGGAAGGCACUGGAGAGGCAGGCCGAUGAAGUGAGGCGGAUGGGGGGCCUGGGGCUGUGA